UUAACGUUUGAUAAACGGUUUAGAGUAGCCGAGCUUGACAAAAUGAUUAUUUGAGAGACCCUCAAAAUUCACGCAAGAUUCAACACAGAAUCCGCCAACAAAACAAGCGCAUAACAAAGGGCAUUUCCGUCCGCAACAAUAAUGAAGUUAUAGGAAGUGAAGUGGGGGCAAUAAUAAUGACACUAUUAUAGUCAGGAAGCACGAAACGUCCGAUUGAAUUGUUAACAGUGAGGUGUCGAUAGAAAAUCCGUGAAGCUUCUGCACGCACAAGAAUGUUAUUUCAGUAUGUUCAAACGACGCAGUGAAAGGGCCGAGAAGGGCAACAAUAAAUGGCGCAAAAUAGAAGAGGCCAUUUUGCCCACGGCCAAAUUGCGAUUCUGCCCGGAACAGUUGCAAAAUUUGAAUUAUAUCUUCCAGAAUCGACUGCAGCAGAAAAUUGGAAGCACCGCAGAUAAAUCGCUUGUGUUGGCUAAAUCAGUAACAGAAAGACUGGUACAAAGGCUAGUAUGUUGUGCGGGCAUAAUGGAUCCUCGAUUUGCUUCAAAAUUUCUCAUAGCUGUUCACGAUCAACUGAAUGGGAACCUCCCCUCAACAAACCUAGAAUACAUCCUCCGCCUAGACUCGCUCUCCACGCCGUCGCUCUACUCCACUGACCCGCGGCCCCGUUACUCCGUUAUCGAAACCGACUCCGACUACCCCCCCGCCUACGCCCGCUUGCGCCUCCACACCACCGCUAUGAAAAUUUGGGGAGAUUGUGCCAACUCUGGCGGAUAUUUGCGACGCGAUAAAGUCCAGGCCAAACUCGUGGAGCUGCUGGCGCAAGCCGCCGCCAGUGAAACCCCAAACUCGCCCUUAAACGUUGACGAAUCAAUUCAUUGCGGAACACCGGGAAAAAUACUAGACGCUAAAACCCUCCAUCAAGUUUUAAGAAUCCCCAGCGAACAACACGUUUUCUACGGCCCCGGAGGGAACGUACCCCGAUUUCCGGAUCCUAGGGACUUUCGAUUAGCGAUUGUGGACGAACCUGGCGGAGCGAGAUUGAAAGUCGAGUUCUUGUCGCCGGCGCUGUCGAACGUGUGCGUGGAUGUCAGGAUACUUGUUGGGAUAGGGGUCGAGUCGUGGCCUUCGACGACGGAUUUUCCGGCGAGGGUGACGUUGGGACAUACGGAUUGUCUCCUGUAUCAUCAAGCUGCUCAGACGGGAAUGUACUUAGUGGGAUAUGGUGUACAGUCCUCCGCAUGGCAAAUCCGUCUACCAGCCGCCCAAGACCUAAUUAUCAACCACUACGGCCCCAACAGCACCGUUCGUACCAUUCUAGACGUCCUUUUUGACUCUUUAGAAGAAAUAGACAAAGUCAGACAAAUGAAAAAGCAAGCGUCCUAUAAGAUUCUAAAUCGUUACAUAUUCAUGACCAUGGUUCUGAACAGACUGGAAGGGUACUCCACAAAUCCGUCAAACGAUAUUUUAGACUGGUCCCCAAUGUAUCUUUCCACACACGUUCUGAAAAUUCUAGACAAAACAAUGGAAGUCUUACAUGCCCAAAAACUGUGUAAUUACUUUUUCAAAAAAUCAAACUUACUGGUAAAUCCGGGACACUUGUGUGAAGAUGACUACAUUAUCGAAGCCAAUAAUGUCAAAUCGUAUAUAAUUCGCCUGUUUGAUGAAUCACUAAUGUCAACGAAAGGUAAUCAAGAAUUUAACAAGAUGAUGAUAUCGCAAGAGAGCGAAACUCUCCUUCUUCAUAAGUGGAGAGAUUUGAUUGAUAAUCUUCAACCACCAUCAAGUACUAGAGGAAGAAGGUUUUGUUUCGCUGGGUCAAAAAACAAGCAGGAAGUCGCCCAUACCGAGUAUACAGUUAGGCAGCUGGAGUAUAUAGGGUUACUUCUACAAAAUCUUCUAGAAGUGAAACAGCUAAUUCUAACCAACGAUUCCUACAUGGCUGAAGAUUCCAUAAUUAAAAUCGACACCAGCAUUGAAGAAAACCAUUUGGAGGACGUCAUUUAUCUGCUAGUCACUAUUAUGGACCAAGCUAGAGACAUUUACUUAGCUAAUCAAACUAAUCCCACCACAGCAAAAACCCGUCCCAAAAUCAAAGCACAAUUCAACUGCUACACGUCCAAACUUAUCGACACCAUAAGAAAAGAUAAAGAUAUGGCUAACUUAACCUUCGAGGACGACUUAAGUCUAGUUAAAGUGAUACUUAAAUGGCUUUAUAAAGCUAUGGACCAACAUAAACGCUACUUAGCACCAAUUUUGCGACCGUACUUACACACUCUUUUCACUACUUCACAUUCGGUGUCGUGGCAUUUGGAAUUUAUAAAGCAGAGAAUGAACCGAGACGAGAUAGAAUCUUUAGGGUAUUUUGCAAAAUUAGUGAAUUCAACCAAAAUUACACCAGCUGAAGGGCUAAUCGAUGCGGUUAACAAGAACUGGGUGUGGGCCAAGUCCAUGUUGAAGAUGGUUGAAAAGAAUACUUUAAGGGUCGUGUUUAUUUCCAGUAGAGGGAAGGUUUAUAGACACAUUUUAUCACUACCUUCGUACCAAAGACAUAGAUCUGCUGAAACUCUUCUAGAAGAUACGGUUGAAACCAGAAAACAGCAUACUUUGCCGGCAAAUCGGAACUAUUUUAGCACCAUUGUGAACCAGAAGUUUGGAGAUGACUAUCCAGAAGCCACUCCUCAACAUGAAAUCUUGAAAAACUCAAGUCCUUUAACUUUUCUUCUACGUGAAACUAACAGAAGGGGUCAACAUAGAGGCUACGGUGACAUACUUAAGUCAUUGCAGUCCAUGCAAAAGUUAAACAUGUUCCAACAAGCAAUGACUAACCUACCACUGGAGGAUCGUUGUGAAAUUAUGGAAGUGGUACAAACUAUGCAGUCGUUGAAGCAAAAAAGAACUAAACGGUGGUCUAACACGUUGCCUCAGUCUCACAGAGUGGCUCCAAAGUGUGAAAAAUAUACUCCCACUGAAGAAAGUGCGGGAGUAAAAAUCGACAAAAGGAAAGUCCUGGAUGCUAAGCAAAUUGGUUCUUUGAUUGGUAGCUGCAGAGCUGCAAGAAUUCGAGAAGACAGUAGUGUUUUGCUUUUUCAAGAUUCUUUUAAAAUUAAGUCCUUGUUGAAUAAAAGUGAAUCAUUUAAGUUUUAGUUGAUUAUGCCGUUC